AAUCCCCACCCACCUUCCCCCAAAAAGUUAUCUGCCCUAUUUCCUUCUUUCUCUUCUUUCUUCUUCUUCCCCACUAAUGGCUUCAACUGCUGCAACUCCAUUACCAUCUCCAUCUCCAAAUCCUCUUCAAUGUCCUCCUCUUCCACCGCUUCUUCCUCCAAUUACUCCUUCGCUAAGCUUGGUUUCGGCUACGCCAUUGCCAUAGCCCUCGCCUUCCUCGUCCUCCUCUCCGCUCUCCUUCUCGCCUUCUACGUCUGCUGCCGCGCCUCCCGCUCCCGCAACCUCCGUCUCUCUUCUUCCAGGCCGCCUCCUUCGCGCUCCGAUGCCGGAAUCAUUCUCCCGCAAAUCAUUUUUGUCGCCGAGGACGACGGCGCUCCAGAUCGCGACGAUGACAACGGCGUCGUUGGCCUCGAUCAGGCUGUGAUAAACUCUUACCCUAAAUUCCCCUUCUCCAAGGACAAAUCCAUGGCCGGGGCUAAUUGCGUUUGUUCUAUUUGCCUAUGUGAGUAUAAGGAGGCGGAGAUGCUGAGGAUGAUGCCUGAGUGUAGACAUUACUUUCAUCUCUGUUGCAUCGACGCUUGGUUGAAGCUUAAUGGCUCUUGCCCGGUUUGCCGGAAUUCGCCGCUCCCGACGCCGCUUUCCACUCCUCUGCAGGAGGUUGUGCCGCUCUCACAAUACAUGGCGGAUCGGAGAAGGAGAUGAUCGGUCGCUCCAUCGAUUGAUUCAUAUCGACAACACUCCAAUAGGUUCUUCUAUUACUUCUACUCUCUCUUAGUUCCAUAUUCUCUGUUUGUUUUACCUGUUUUUUCUCUUAGGAAAUUGUAAAUUCUUUGGUUAAGGUGCUGAGUUUUCUCCUAUUUUUGAAUGUUCUUGGAACUGUUCGACCUAUACAUGAAUUUUUCAAUUCACUUUUUGAGUAAUUCGCUAAGAAGCCAUGAAUUUUCAA